UCAUUAUAUGGAGGGGAUCGAAAAUGUUUUCAACAGUGACAAACAGGGAGAAACAUGUUGAAUUUGUCGGGAGAAACGUGAAUACAAAAUAUAGUUUUAUAUGUAAUCGGCCUACAACAAAUCUCUCCUUCCAAACAACAAAUGAACUCUUCGCUAGAACACAUCAAAUCAUUAGGUUGUCAAAAUGCAAGAAAGAUUCAGAUGGCUUCUAUUUUAUAUCAACAACUAAGCGAUGUAAAAUUGAAGUACAACAUUAAUUGUAAAUAUAAUGCACAUUUAGAUUUAUUAUAUAUUACUGCUCGAGACUCCAGUAAUUCAAGAGAUGAUAUUUAUAUACCUCAAUCGACAUCUGAUUUAAUCAGCUUGCAAGAUGUUUAUAAUUUUCAAUUUAUAUUAGAAAGUUCACGUAUCAUCUUGGCUAUUAUGGAAGCUGAUUCAACAAUUGUCUAUUAUGAAUUUGCAGAAGGUUUACAAGAUUUUCAAAUAAAUUCUGAUGUUAAACAAAGUUCUUUGCAGAAAGCUCGAGCAAAGCAAUAUUCUAAUAUUAGAAAAAUAUAUUCCGAACAAACUGAAUGCAAAGAAAAUGUUCAAUAA